CACCAGAUCAACCCCUAACAAUCACGACCGGAUACAGCGCCUCAGGCAAGAGUUUCAGCAAGCAAAGCAAGAUGAGGACGUGGAAGACAGGAGACGUACUUAUAGUUUUGAGCAGCCAUGGCCAAGCACCAAGACGUACUCACAGAGUGGCAGACACUCAGUAUCAGUAGAGGUUCAAAUGCAGCGGCAGCGGCAAGAAGAAAGAGAGAGUUUCCAGCAAGCUCAGCGGCAGUACAGCUCAUUACCCAGGCAAAGCAGAAAAAAUGCCAGUUCUGUAUCUCAAGACUCCUGGGAGCAGAGCUAUUCCCCUGGUGAAGGUUUCCAGACUGCAAAGGAAAAUCCCAGAUAUUCCAGCUACCAGGGAUCGAGGAACGGCUAUAUGGGGGGACAUGGCUUCAAUGCCAGGGUAAUGCUAGAAACACAAGAACUGCUCCGUCAAGAGCAGAGACGGAAAGAACAACAACUGAAAAAAAAAACUUCUUCUGAGGGGCCUAGCAACUAUGACUCAUAUAAAAAAAUUCAAGACCCUAAUUAUACCCCUCCUAAAGGUCCUUUCAGGCAAGAUGUACCACCUUCACCAUCUCAGGUAGCCAGGCUGAACAGAUUACAAACACCAGAAAAGGGAAGACCAUUUUAUUCUUGAGGUGAAGAAAUUGAAGAUCAACUUACCAUGCAAUAAGGAACAUUUUCAUAUAAAGACUUAUAUUUUGAAAACUUUUUAACUGAUGGUACAAAGGAAUAUAUCUGUUGUCUGUUUCAGUGCCUUUAAAAAUAUGGGUAAAGCAUUGGUGGGCCUUAUGUCUUUGCCGUUCUGUCUCAAGUGUUGAAUUCAUGGAAGGAUGUUCCACCAUUUGACAAUCAUAGCAGAAGUGAGCAAUGCUGCUCCUGCAUACCGAGUGCCGUAGCCCAGUCCAGUAGUUGUCAAUGGCUUAUUACUAGGAUUUGUUGUAAUGUGUUUUAUUUUGCAGUGACUUAUUGCACCAACAUGCAGCUUUUUGGCAUAAAAUUAAUGAAUUUGAGAUUGAAGGAAGCAUUGACAUGUCCUUUUUUAUUUCUCUCUGGUCAGGAGGAGGGUUUACAUAUCACUCUUGAGUGAGUAAGGCUUAGCCCUACUCUGGAUCACAGUCUCAGUUCUAAGAUAUUUUAUGGUAGAGUCAUUACCAGUCUUCGUUGAUCAGUAUUUAAAUGACUAUAUGCUGAAAAUCUAUCCUUCUCCUACUAUGCACAUAUGCACUCUUUUUUUCUCUCUCUCCCCACUCUGAGCUUAUUAAAAAAGCCUUUAUCCUGACUCAUGAGGAAAACCAUAUUAAGCUUUCAGUUAUCCUGA